AUGGGCAUCAGGCCUAUUGCUUUUGCCCUGAGAAAGCAUCCUGAAACAACUGGUUACUGUUUACGUUUCCAUAUAAUCUUUGCCAUCUGGGUUUGCUUUUCGAGGAAUAAAUCAAAUCAAAUGGCCGCUCCACCGGCUAGAGCUCGAGCCGAUUACGAUUAUCUCAUUAAACUCCUAUUGAUCGGCGAUAGCGGUGUGGGUAAGAGUUGCCUUCUUUUACGUUUCUCUGAUGGUUCUUUCACCACCAGUUUCAUUACUACCAUCGGCAUUGACUUCAAGAUAAGGACCAUAGAGCUGGAUGGCAAACGGAUCAAACUGCAAAUUUGGGAUACUGCUGGGCAAGAGCGAUUCAGAACUAUCACGACUGCUUACUAUCGUGGAGCAAUGGGUAUAUUGCUGGUGUAUGAUGUGACUGAUGAGUCAUCUUUUAACAACAUAAGGAAUUGGAUUCGAAACAUUGAACAGCAUGCCUCUGACAAUGUCAACAAGAUAUUGGUGGGUAACAAGGCUGAUAUGGAUGAAAGCAAGAGGGCCAUUCCUACAUCCAGGGGUCAAGCACUUGCUGAUGAAUACGGAAUUAAAUUCUUUGAGACUAGUGCAAAGACAAAUAUGAAUGUGGAGGAAGUUUUCUUCUCAAUAGGUAGGGAUAUAAAGCAAAGACUUUCCAUGACGGACUCAAAACCUGAGGCUCCAUCCAUUAGGAUUACCCAAGCGGACCAAACUGCAGGGGGUGCUCAAGCAGCACAAAAAUCGGCUUGCUGCGCCACCAUCUACACCUGCAAAUCCUUCAUUCUCUCCGCAAUUUUGGAGAAUGCCAGUCAUUUGCCCCUUGCAAACCUCGCAGCCUCAGUCCAUGGGCUCCAUGAUACUGUUGAGCUUCUAGCUGCUGAACUAGGGAAUAAUGUUCCUUCUUUGCCACAGGAGAGGAAAGCUUCUCUUUUGAUACCCCCAAGUCCUAUCUUAUGUGCCGGAGAUUGGCCUCUGUUGAUGGCCAGUAAAGGGAUUUUCGAGGGAGGUCUUGACGAAACAGGCAGAGAUGCACACGAGGAUAAUGAAGAGGCCAUCGAUGCCGACUGGGGUGAGACAUUGGAUAUUGGUGAGGUCGAGAACUUGCAGGAAGAAAUCGAGGAAGGAGGGUGGGAUCUUGAGGAUCUGGAUUUACCUCCCAAAACACCAAAGACUGCUUCAAAUGUUCGUUCUUCUGUAUUUGUCACUCCCACUCUGGGAAUGCCAAUAGAGGAAAAGGGGGAACAAAAGGUAGAAGAAAAACAGGCGACGCGGGGGCAAGAGAAAAUGAAAAAUAACUGCGGUACUGUGAAUUCUUUGGAGGAAAGAAAAAGAAAUAUACAUCCACAGACAGCAACACGAAUGGAUGUUCUCUCUAAAGCUGCAUUAAAUGAAGGGAUGAGUAAUUACGUAUUUGUCGUCUAUCGACAUGCCAUAGCUACAAUUGUCAUCGCCCCUUUUGCACUCAUUCUGGACAAGAAAAUGAGGCCUAAGAUGACUCUUUCAAUAUUUGGCCAGAUAAUGCUUCUUGGCUUGUUGGAGCCAGUUAUAGACCAAAACCUAUACUUCCUAGGGAUGAAAUACACAACAGCAACGUUCGCUGCUGCUAUGUGCAACAUUCUACCAGCGAUUACACUCGUCAUGGCCUGCUUCUUAAGGCUCGAGAAAUUUAAGGUAAAGAGCAUCCACAGCCAAGCAAAGUUAGCUGGAACUUUGGCAACUGUGGCAGGAGCCAUGCUCAUGACUCUAUUAAGAGGUCCAGUUAUAGAGCUGCCAUGGACAAAAGGAAGCAGCAGCAGCCAUGAACACCAAAGAAUUGAAAUAAAUCUUCGGCAUUCAAUUAAGGGUUCCCUAAUGAUCACAAUCGGAUGUUUCUGCUGGGCUUGCUUCAUGAAUUUGCAGGCAAUCACACUAAGAACAUAUCCUGCUGAACUUUCUCUCACAGUUUGGAUAUGCCUGGCGGGAACAGCCCAGGGAGGAAUAGUGGCACUAGUAAUGGAGAGGGGAAAAGCUGCAGUCUGGGCUAUUAACUGGGACACCAAAUUUCUUGCAGCUGCCUACAGUGGCAUAUUUUGUUCAGGAAUCGCUUACUACAUCCAAGGAUUGGUAAUGAAAGAGAGGGGCCCUGUUUUUGUAACUGCCUUCAGCCCAUUGGGCAUGAUUAUUGUUGCUGUGCUGAGCUCUUUUAUUUUGGCCGAGCAAAUGUUCUUAGGAAGGGUUGUUGGAGCCAUUGUAAUAGUUAUGGGCCUUUAUCUUGCAAUCACACUAGAAACAUAUCCUGCUGAACUCUCUCUCACUGCUUGGAUAUGCCUUUUCGGAACCGCCGGGGGAGCGAUAGUGGCACUAGUAAUGGAGAAGGGAAAAGCUGCAGUCUGGGUUGUUGGCGCCAUUGUAAUAGUUAUUAGCCUUUAUCUUGUUAUUUGGGGUAAGAAGAAAGAUUACAAGUCCCCACAGGUUGAAGAAGAAGCAAUACCAGUGAAGAAAAUGAUAGAAAUUGACAACAAUGGCAAUGAACACUCGAACUGUGAAGUCAUUAACAUCAACAUGUCCAGAGAAGGAGCUGUCACGAGAGUUGAUCAUGCUCUGAUUGGUGCUGCAAAUCUUGAAAACUCUUUGAACAGCUAUAUAGUGUCCCAUAUUGAAUAA